GGCUGAGAUUCCUGGGAGAGGGGUUGACACGGAGCUUCCCCUUCAAACCGACACGCCUGAUUUUGAAAUUGCGUAUCUUCUCUUCUUCUGUUCUGCUGCUUCUGUUAAGCUUACUAACUUAGUCCAUGCGACGAAGACCUGAAGGAAUACCCACGACGACAGAGGAGAGAUCUGAAGAUCAAACGACACCAGUGGGCUGACUUUAUGAAUCCAAGGUUUCUGAUGAGAAGAAGAUGGGCGGAGUUACCUCGUCAAUUGCCGCAAAAUUCGCUUUCUUCCCUCCCAAUCCUCCCUCUUACCGAGUGAUCAGCGACGAAUCAAGCGGCGGCAGAUUGCAUAUUCCCGAGGCUCCAAGGCACGAUGAUGUCGACGUGUUAAAGCUCCGAACGAGGAGAGGCAACGACAUCGUGGCUAUUCAUGUGAAGCAUCCCAGAGCCACCGCCACCCUCCUCUAUUCCCAUGGUAAUGCUGCCGAUUUGGGUCAGAUGUUGGAGCUCUUCGUCGAAUUGAGUAUUCGUCUCCGUAUAAAUCUCAUGGGGUAUGACUACUCUGGCUACGGACAAUCAACUGGCAAGCCCUCUGAAUCUAAUACAUAUGCAGACAUUGAGGCAGCACAUAAAUGCCUCAAGGAGCAAUAUGGGGUAAAAGACGAGGAUUUAAUAUUAUAUGGUCAGUCUGUUGGAAGUGGCCCAACUCUUGAUCUAGCUUCUCAUCUACCAAACUUGAGAGCCGUGGUUCUUCAUAGCCCCAUCCUUUCUGGGUUGAGAGUAUUGUACCCUGUCAAACGAACAUACUGGUUUGACAUUUUCAAGAAUAUUGACAAAAUUGGCAUGGUGACUUGCCCCGUUCUGGUAAUUCACGGAACAACAGACGAAGUUGUGGAUUGUUCCCACGGGAAGCAGCUUUGGGAACUGAGCAAGGAAAAGUAUGAACCCCUUUGGGUAAAGGGUGGUGGCCAUUGCAAUCUCGAACUUUAUCCCGAGUACAUUAAACACCUGAAGAAAUUUGUAGUGCAUGUUGGCAAGUCAAAGGCUGCAACAAAUGGUUCUAAAGAAAGAGCGGACGACAACAAUCAGAGUAAACAAUCUGAAAGUGGAACUUCAGAUGCAUCUGAGAUGGGAUCUGACCGUCCUGAGGCCUCAAGAAACAGUUUAGAUAGUAGACUUGAGAAGUCAAAGAAGACUAAUAAGCCUGAAAAAUCACGGAUGAGCACUGACAAUGUAGAGAGGUAUAGGAGAAGAAAGGGCUUGGUCUGGUGAUAAAGGACAGAGUGCAUCUCUAAUGAUUUAUGAGCUGAGAGCUGUGUGAGGAAGUAUCCUUUUUUUCUUCUGCUUCUGUUAUAAUAUAUUGACUAUCAAGAAAUCACCGAGUAUGAUUCUGCUCUAGAUUUUGCCAAUUCAUCAAUGUUUAACAAAAAGUGAGAUAUACAGGGAGCAUAACUAUGAUAUCUACUAGAAUCA